AAUGAAAUUCGGAGCUUUCCCAUUCAUAAAAGUGUAACCCCCGCAUUUGCGUCCCGAGUCGUAAUGCCCUCCCAUUCACAAAAAAAAGCCCGUCCUGCCAAAGCAUCUGCGCAGUACGUCUCUGAGCUAACCCUCCCAUUCAUAAAAAAGCCAUUUCCCUCAUGUAGUCGCAGCGCCCGUGUCAGAGAGCCCGAGCCCGUGUCCAGACGCUCGUGGUUUUCUUUUCGCACGGAUCUAUAACCCUAUCUAUCUCGGUUUUAAACGGUUUAAUCGGACUAUUACUGCAAGCUGAACGGCUUUGAGGAGAGAAACACGGACAAUGCGCUGCUUGGGGAAGCAAGACUGCUAGAUGCUGACCUGAUCUCUAUUCGGUGUAUGUGGGACGCAGCCUACACAGAUGGAGUCAAGGGUUCCUCACCACAUUCCUGGAGUCUCCUCCUCCAUUAUGGUGCAGCCACUGCUGGACAGCCGGGUGCCUUACGGCCGGCUCCAGCACCCGCUUACCAUCUACCCCAUUGACCAGAUGAAGUCCUUGCACGUGGAGAACGACUACAUCGACAGCCCUGCGGUGGUCUCGCAGCAGCCACCGAGCCACAAGGUAGCCACAAGGGGGCAGGAGGUCCUGCUGGGAGCCCAGCACCACCCUCACCUGACGCGCUGUGAGGCCCCGGAUGCCACAACGCACCCCUGGAUCUCCUUCAGUGGCCGGCCCAGCUCCAUCAGCAGCAGCAGCAGCACCUCCUCUGAUCAGCGGCUGCUCGAACAUGCAGCGCCUCCCCCAGUGGUGGACCCUUAUUCUGGUGGGGGAGGCCACGGCAGGAACCCAGGAACGGAGCAACCAAAGCUGCUGAGCUCCAAGCCCCAGGACUCGAAGGCCGGGAUGGCCUUGCCGACAGAGAAAAACCACAUGCUCUUGUGCGAGAAGUGCGGGAAGUGCCGGUGCACGGAGUGCACACUGCCCCGGACCCUGCCCUCGUGCUGGGUGUGCAACCAGGAGUGCCUGUGCUCGGCACAGAACCUGGUGGACUCAGCCACCUGCAUGUGCCUAGUCAAAGGUGUCUUCUACCACUGCACCGAGGAUGAGGACGAGGAAGGCUCUUGCGCCGACAAGCCGUGCUCCUGCUCACACUCAAACUGCUGCGCUCGCUGGUCCUUUAUGGCCGCCCUUUCGCUGGUGCUGCCCUGUCUGGUGUGCUACCUGCCUGCCACAGGGUGUGCCAAGCUCUCGCAGAAGUGCUACGACAGCCUGAGGCGCCCGGGCUGCCGCUGCAAAAGUGCCCAGGCCUGCAAAGUGGCCGAGGCCAAGGCCUGUCCUCCAGAGAAACAAGCCUCGUGAUGCCGUGCUUGGCACGACAUGUUCGAAAAGGAGGACUCAUGAGCAGAAGCUGGCAGGACCUUCUCCAACACUUGCGUACCCCCUCACACAAACAAAUCAUGGUACUUAAAAUGGAUCAUGAUUGUUUCUUGUGGUGCAACAUCCCAAGUCAAUCAUGACUAAAAGUCUUUACUUUUCCUGGCCAUCGUCAAAUUCAACAAAGAGGAGAAGUCUGUUCUUCCUCCAUUGGGGUUCUCUCUGUGGCUGUGGGAUCAAAGUAUUCUGCCAUUUCAGACUCUAGUUAAAACACUCGCCAACACAGAAUGCUGCUUAAGAGCAAAAUGUCUGUUCGAAAAAGUCCAAUCUCCGUCUAUUUUUCCCGCUUGUUUUCCCUUUGGGUGGCUUGGAACAGUCAAAGUAAAUAUCACCCGCUGAAGAGCAUUCUAUACUUUGACAGUCCCUCCCCGGAUCUGGCACUGAGAAAGAGGUUGCAGUGCAUUCCAGGCUGAUAACACAUGUUACAAUCAUUCUAAACUAGACUUUACCUCCAUGCCCAUUUAUAAGCUUGUUAUAGAGCUUUUUUAUUUCCCUACCUUUCUGAGGCAACGGUGUUUGGUCAAAGGAUGCUACAUACCUUUAUUGCCCACAAAUGCAUUAGUAUAUUGGACAAUAAGUAGGAGACCACCGUACGACAUUGCAGGACAGGAUGUUUUUCCACCAUCCUAGGAGCAAGUCAGUGAGGAUCUGAUGACAAUUAAAAAUGUCUUCUUUUUCUCACAAAUCUACUCACACGCAUGUCACACAAUACACCGAACAAUACUUCCACAAUAUUUCUUCCAAAUGUUAGCAGUUCAAGUUAUUGUAGAGAGAAAAAGGAAACUUCACCUCAGGGAGUAUCAUUUUCACAUAAAUUAUGUACAGCAUGUAAUUUCAAUACGGUAGCCAACUUUAAUGAGAAUUUGCUAGACUUGCAAAGGUAACCGUUAAGAAGAAGCUAUCGCAUACUGAGACAUAAAAAAUACAGACAUCCAUAAGCUACAGGAGGAAAAGGGUCAACAGCAAGCAAGCAUGUCUUGCCUUGUGUCCAAAAUUAUUUGAAUCUGCCACAUGUGCCACUGAAAUCAGUGAAGCAUCUGAGGCAAAGGACAAAAGCACAGCUUAUAGAAUUUUGUGGUGAAAUUCCUCUAGUUUGUCAUGCACCAGACCCCCUCCCAUCCCCACCAAGCAUACCUAAAUACUCAUAUGACAGUGCCCUACUUUAGUUUGAUCUACUUUCCCCAUAUUUGCUUUUGUGGUAUGUCUAGAACUACACGCAUUUUGCCAAAGGAGUGCACCAUAGAGACUUUUCUUUGUUGUUGUUUUAAUGGGCAUAUUUUAUCACAAUCCAGCAACAAACCUGUCUGACAGCAAGUCUUUAAAGGUACGAAGCUCUAUUUUGAGGAUUCCUCCGACUCCUCCUUAGCGCGCAAGGGACAGAAACACCCCACCACCUUUACGUAUAUUAAGCUCUGUCUGUCUGAUUCACGUAAUUAAGUGUAAUCGAGUAUCACCACAUUUAUUCAGACGUUUUGUACACUCUCUUGUCUUCGUUGCACAAAUCACAAAAGCAGAAAAAACAAACAGACACUACUGUUCUUAGUCUUAAACGUGUGAGGCUAGGGUGUAAAAGCCUUUUGCAGUCUAAUUCUUGGAUAGGUGCCAAAGUAGUGAGGAACGAUGAGGCUUGCAUAGUCACGUAGGAACGAGUCGCAAAAUGUGUCAUCAAUAUCCUAGAUCUAGAACUAUGCAGGUUACACGCUCUUGUAUAUAGUGUCGAGAAAUUCUAGCCGUCUUCAGAUGCGUUUCAGAUGUCCUAAAGAAUUGCAUGGUACAAUUUAAUUACGAUUCAGUACAAAGAAACUAUAUAGAUGAAUAUUAUAUAUUUUUGGGAGGGCUGGGGUGCGGGCGGGGGUUCAAAUUCUAUGUGGUUGUGGAGUAGAAAGCUGGGGAUUUAGGUCUUUCUAUUACAAGCACUUGAUUUAGCAAAGUGUGCCAGGCAAUAAAAAAAUACCUCUGUUUAUGUUAGCCAUGCCUCAUUAGCACGAAAGGCAAGGCUAAUUCCUGGUUCCUCUGUGCCCCUGAAACUGUAGAUUUAAUUGAAUCCACUGAAAGAAAAACAGCAUUUCAGUCUUGCUCACGUUGCGUUGUGGCCACAGCUUUUUCUUUUUUUCUCUCUCUCCUUCUCUCUUUUUAUUUUUUUGCCUUCCUCCCCUAAAAUGGUGAAACAUCUCCUGUGCUUGAUUGACAUAUACAGCUGCUGUGCAUGAACUUGACUGGGAGGGAUAGGGAGCACUCUCAAGUAACAUUCCAUUCCAUCUUAUUCAAGAUUUUUUAGCUUUUACAUCCCCUCCCCCUUAACACACACGCACAUACACACACGUACACACAUACACACACUUUCCCUGAUAUUUAUGUGUUUUUAUUUUUCCCCCCUCACUAUCCUCUCGGUCACAGAAAAGCCAGCUGUGGCUCUAAACUACGAACUGUAUGUGUGUGAGUGUGUAAGUGCGUGUGUGUGAGUGUUUGCAUUGCUGCAGUGUAAUCUGACCUUUGCAGAACCGAACGAUCUUCCGUUUCACAACCCAAUGCCAGAGUGUUCAGGACGCUGUGACUACAUUUGUUUUGUUUUGUUUCGUGGUACACUUUUCUUGGCCACUAGUGUUUUAUCAAAUAAUGACUUUUAACCCAAUUAAGCAACCUUCCAAACUGGGCUUGUACUCUCUGCAUUUCUUUGGCUUUUGCAUUCUUAAUGUUGAUAUAAAAAAGAGCAAUGUGCUUUUUGUUUUGUUUAAAAAAAAAGUAUAUAGCAAAAGGAAAAAGAACUCACACAUACAAAAAUGUCCCUUUAUAGAUAUAUUUAUUUUGAAGUUCUAUUUUAUAUAGUAUUUAUUUAGAUGCCUACUUUUGUUUGUGAAAAAAAGCUUAUGUCAAAACGGAAUGUACAUUGAAAUUGGAAAAUAUAUAUUGUUAAAUAUAAAAAAAUCACGUUGUGGUGUCUU